ACCGUUCGGUGAGAUUCUGCAGAUGAGCUGAAAGUUGGCAGUGCAGUUUAGGAGGAGUUGAAAAGCAGAUAACGCUCACUAACAUACACAUCCUCACACAGAAUUGUUUCGUUGCUGAUUCUGCCAUUUUAAAAGAUAUGGAGUGAAAUCUGGAGGCGUGUCUGCUUAAAAAAAAUAUUUUGAUUUUGGUAGCGUUAGCUAGCAAGGUAACAAUCAACACAGCUAGCUGAUUCAAGUGACGCUGGCAGUGUUAACGUUGCCUUUGCAUACAUUCUGUCGUGAUCUUGGAAAUCCUUCUCAGUCGACUGUCUUUCUUGUCGAUGUAGAAAAUAAGUCGAGUGAGGCUAAAGGUAGUGUCGCUUUAAGAGGAGGCGGAGAAAGCGCCACUGUAGCUGGUGUUGAAAGUGCUGGGGAUUUUAGCUCCAGCACUGCCUGUGUGUGUGUGACAGUGUGUGUGUGCGCGUUUCCCUUCAAUGGGACUCUGUCUCGAUGUUUCAUGAUUUAUUCAUGACUGUGAGAGGAACGUGACGUGCAGAUACACAAAUUUUACACUGACGUGGAGGCGGUUACACGCAAAACAAAGGUCAAUGCCAUUGCCUUUGUCAGCUGGGUUGCAAGGAAGAUGAUAGAGAUGUCUGUUGACAAAGAGACUGUUUUAUCGCAACCAGAGGGGAGAUCAGUUGACUCCCAUCCCCACCACCGCCAGCCCCCAAGCAGCUUUAAAGACAAUGUUCUAACGUCCGGCCAGGCUCCUGCAGCCAAAUACAACAUCAUCAGCCAGGAUGACACCGGCGUUCCAGAUGUAAUAAAAAUGGGCAGCACAGCAGAGGUGAAUCCACAGGAGGCAAAACCGGCGGACGACAAGGACCAGGAAACAGGCGACAAUCAGGCCCAGUUGGAGUCGAACAGCGGCCCGCAACAGCAGAACAACAUCCAGUCACAACAGCGGCUCAACAAGCGUCGCAGCACCAUGAACGCCACCUUCAAGCACCCCAUCUCUGGGAAGCGGCGUCGACGUGCCAAUUCGGAGAGCAACCCCGUCCUGCCCACCAACUUCUUGCUAGGCGGCAACAUCUUCGACCCUCUGAAUCUCAACAGCCUAUUGGACGAGGAGGUCAACCGGGCCCUGAACGCCGAAACGCCCAAGUCUUCCCCCUUGCCGCCAAAGAGCCGCGAACCGGUCGAGAUCCUCAUUCCCAGGGACAUCACCGAUCCCCUCAACCUCAACUCGGGGGUGCCGGGGGGAGACGUGGGGCCCCUCAUCUCCCCUCUGAAGACCAGCGGCGGGCGGAGGCGCCACCGGAACCGUCACCACGGCGGCAGUGGUGGUGCCACAGGGCCGGGCAUGCCCGGGUUUCCCCUGGCACAGCCGGAGUUCUCAGAUGGCGAGAGGUCGGCGGAGGGUGCGUCUGCCACGGCCGAGGGACUGUCCUCCUCCUCUUCCUCCUUCCCGCCUCCUCUAUCGGGCAACGCGGCGGCGGGCAGCACUCUACCCGAGGGGGCAGCCAUGCUCAACACUUCACCAUCCACAGGACUCAGUGCCUCCACUGUUGGCACUGUCGUCGAAGACUCCAGGAACCUCGGCCUACCCAAUAGGAGACCUCCAUCAUCACAGAGGUCUCUCGGUGGCCAAACAGCUCCAACCAGCAGCUUGGAUGUCGGAUAUGCAGCGAUGACAGGGCCUGCUUUUCACCACGCACCCGCGCGGCAGCGCAAGCGGCGACGGGCCUCCAGCCGGUCCGAGAGCUCCCGCGGCUCCUCCACGGGCCCCACCAACAACAAACACGCCAGAAGCGGCCGGGACCGAGCGUCCACCACCACAGCCAACAGCAGCAGCAACAACAACAAGCACAGGCAGCCUUUCCAAACACCCGUGUCCAGCUCGGGCCCGAGGCUCAUAGGCCGACAGCAGACCACCAACGCCAACCACCACCGUGGGCCUAACAAGCAGAAGCCCAAGAAGAAGUUCCAGUACGGCAACUACACGCGCUACUACGGCUACCGAAACCCGGGCCGGAGCGAGGACCCGCGGCUGAGCCUGCUGAGGCCCGAGUGGUUCCAGGGCCGCACGGUGCUGGACUUGGGCUGCAACACGGGCCACCUGACCAUGGCCAUCGCCAAGCAGUGCCGGCCCAGCCGUAUCGUGGGCCUGGACAUCGACGGAGACCUCAUCCACGCCGCCCGGCAAAACAUCCGCUACUACCUCUCCGAGAUCCAGGCGCGAGACGAGAUGCGAACGGCGCGGCACGGCGAAGACGAAAGCAGCCAGAGGGGGCACUCCUCGGACGACAGGAAGGACGGAGUGCUGGACGAAAAGAACAAGCAGAGGAACGAGGCUUCGUUGGAGGAGGAGAAGGAGAAGGAGGAGGACAGAGGAAAGGAUAAGUGCACACAGCAGCCGCAACGGGGAUUAAAGCCAAGCAGUCGAGCAGAGAUGGAGCCGGAGCAGGGAGAGAACUGUUUGGAGCAGCGGGUGGCAGCUGACAGGAGCGAAGAACAAUCAAGUGAGAAAAUGGAGGAAGGAGGAAAGGAGGGAGGAAGAGAAGGAGGAGAAGGAAGACGGCGACGACGUGGAGGUGGGAGGAGGUCCCCGAGAGGGAGGCGCACCUUCCCCGUGUCUCUGCGCAUCUCCAGGGGCCCCAUCGCGGCCCCGCCGCUCCCUCGCUCGCCCGGCAGCCAGCAGUGGGGAAGCUUCCCGGGUAAUCUCUCCUUUGUCCCGGGGAACUACGUGCUGGAGAAUGAUCAGCUGCUGCUGACCCAGCGUGAGGAGUAUGACGUGAUCCUGUGCCUGAGCGUCACCAAGUGGGUGCACCUCAACUGGGGUGACGCGGGGCUGCGGCGCCUCUUUCACAGGGCCUUCAGGCACCUGCGGCCCGGCGGCCUCUUCGUGCUGGAGCCCCAGCCCUGGAGCUCCUACAGCCGCCGCAAGAAACUCACGGACACCAUCCACAAGAACUAUGUAAAUAUCCGCAUGAAGCCGGACCACUUCUCCACGUACCUGACCUCCGAGGUGGGCUUCAAGAGCUACGAGCUGGUCGGAAGGUCGCACAAUGAAACGCAAGGUUUUCAAAGACCAAUCUAUAUAUUUCACAAAGGACCGUCGAGCAAGUCACAUCCUUAAGGCAGCGAAACAAGAAGCCCCUGGAGGAAGAAGACAUUGAGUUUGUUAUGGCUGUCGUCAUGUCUUCUUCGCAAGGUCAUGCUGUCUUGGACAAUUAGGUGACGACACAUUUGCUCGUUUGGGGAAAAUAGAGGGACCAAAAGAGGAACUCAAUCAGAUGUUUUUGCAAUUGGACAUGAAUCUAAUCUGAGAGUUUGUUGCACUGAAGAGAGACGACAGGCUUGGUGCUGCGAUGGCCUGAGGUCACCAUCGCAGUACCACCAAGAACUUCAGAAUGUCUAGUAGGAACAUUUUUUGGACAAAAAAAAGACUUGCGUUCAAGGGAGGAGGAAGUCGGAAAAAAAGACAGUACUCUCCUCCUAUUUGGUGUCAUAUGUUGUGUUCUAAUCAGUUUGUUUUGUUUUGAACAAGAGGAAAUGUGUCACUUUUUCUAUAACUAGGUCUGAAGACCAGUUAAAAAGCACAGACCCAAAAUUUGAAAGCCUUUUAUCCCCCCUCUUGGAAGUAAUCAAAUGUCUGUUAUCUUAAACAUAUUUCCUCUUGUUAUUAGUCAUGUUAAUCUUUGGAAGAUGUUUUAAUGGACAGCUGCCCUUUUCAUUUAAGUGUUUUUGUUGCCGGUAAAAAAAAGAAAUAUUCAGCUUGCUCAUUUGAUGUUAAAUGGUGGUGGAGAAGACCCCGCAAAUGGUACACAGAGGUUGAAUGAAUGAUAGCUUUUUAAAAUGGCCGCCAACUUCAGCUAGUUAUUAUAGAGUAAAUGGCUGGUACCAUGGAUGAACAGAGGAAUUACUUAUCCCUGUCAUUAUCAACUUCACAUCAUCCCAAAGACAUCACAGUGCUAACACUGUGCUGGUUUUUGUCAUUUAAAAAUUAGAGCCCCUUUUUAAAUUGACCCCUGUUGACUGAACAUAUUAUUUUAUUGGAUUCUUUUAUGUUUUUUUUUCUUCAUUUCCUUUUUUUUCUCGACCAAAUCCUUGAGGACCGCCAGUCAUUACAGAUCACCACAAUAACUUAUUUCAAAAUAAGUUUAAUUUUUCAAUUCAAUAAGUUCAAUAUUUACUUCAAAAUAACUAAAGGUCAUGGAAGUGCAUCAGAUUCAACACAGCCUGACAAGCAAACAAGAUAAUCCGUUAUACAGUAGCUACAGGCAGUGCACACAAUUAUUUCUCAAGUGCAAUAUGCUUAGCUCAAACUCCAAUGAACGCCACAGUAAUGCAGUACGCUGACAGCAAUUCUCAAGUACAUGUUUUUGUUAUUAGUAACAUGUCUAUUAACGUAUGCUAGCUAAAGCGCCACUAAUUUUUACCUGUCUGUGAAAUUUUUACAAAAUUGCUCUAUUACACUGUUGUUGACCAAAUUUAAGCCACAUGAUUUUUUUCUUAUCAAUUAAUAUGUUAAACUGCGUUGUGCAGUUCUUUUUUUUCCUUUAAAAAAAAAAAUUGGCUGUAUUUGUGGCUAAAAGACAUGUGCCCUCUUUCACAAUUUCUGCAUUCGAUUAACAAAACUGAAUCGCUUCCUCCACCACAACCCUCAACUCUGAGCCAAUUUGGUGUUUGAAUUGAAGACAGCCUUGACACCCAAGUCCACUCCCCCUGAGUGCAUUAGCAGAAGGAAAUGUUUCAGGUGCUGUCGAAAAAGGACAACGCAAAACCCGACAUAACAGUUGACGAAUUUCAAAGAGCCAGACAUUUUGAAUGUUGAACAUGACCGAAGAGGAUUACGUUUGUUUUAUUUGUUUUGUCAGCCUUUAAACCAGGAAAAGUCUUUAUCAUUUGUUCUUCCAAUGUUCAAUUUGCACUGACUUGAGACCAACUACGCACAAAACACAGAGAAGGCUCCUCUGCCUUUUGUGUACUGUGUUGGUGUGUGGAGUGGUCCUUGAAUCAGCUUGUCUCCAUUUUGUAGCCUAUUUUUAAUGUCAAAAAAACGUUUGGAAAUGGCUGGUUAGAAUUAAAUGUGAGACACAUGGGUCUGACUGACCUAAUGCACUCUUUCUGUUGGAGAGAUAAUAACAUGAAUAUGAAAAAAGCAAAAGAUUUUGAAAAUUAAAAACGUUGAAUUGG